UCUCGAAUUUUCUCAAAAAGACCUCUCCAUUAAGAAACGGACAUCUUAUAAAUUACAUACCUUAAAUCCAACUUCAUCUCAUCGAAAAAUCUCAAAUCCAACAAAAGAAACUCAAAAAAACGAUCACCAAAAACUUUCUCUGUUUUGCUCUGUUUUCGUAAGUGUGCUAAUGGCUACGACAAGUGAAGGAAAAGCAAUUGGAAUCGAUUUAGGCACAACAUACAGCUGUGUAGGAGUAUGGCAAAACGACCGAGUUGAGAUCAUAGCUAAUGAUCAAGGUAACAGAACAACACCAUCAUACGUUGCAUUCACUGAUACUGAAAGAUUGAUCGGUGAUGCUGCAAAGAAUCAAGUUGCAAUGAAUCCACACAACACAGUUUUUGAUGCUAAGAGAUUAAUCGGUAGAAAAAUCAGCGACCCUUCUGUUCAAAAUGAUAUGAAGCUAUGGCCGUUUAAGGUUAUAGCAGGUCCAGGUGAGAAACCUAUGAUCGUUGUGAAUUAUAAAGGUGAAGAAAAGAAAUUCUCAGCUGAGGAGAUUUCAUCAAUGGUGUUGGUCAAGAUGAGGGAGAUUGCUGAAGCUUAUUUGGGACAGUCGAUCAAGAAUGCUGUGAUUACUGUCCCGGCUUAUUUCAAUGACUCGCAACGGCAGGCGACAAAAGAUGCUGGUUCGAUUGCGGGUCUUAAUGUUUUGCGAAUGAUUAAUGAACCUACUGCUGCUGCUAUUGCAUAUGGUUUGGACAAGAAAGCUUCAAGAAGUGGAGAACAGAACGUGUUGAUUUUUGAUCUUGGCGGUGGUACUUUUGAUGUUUCCUUGUUGACAAUAGAAGAAGGGAUAUUCGAAGUGAAAUCUACUGCUGGUGAUACUCAUCUUGGAGGUGAGGACUUCGAUAAUCGUUUGGUUAAUCAUUUUGUUGCUGAAUUCAGGAGGAAGAAUAAGAAAGACAUUAGUGGAAAUGCGCGGGCCCUUCGGAGGUUGCGAACUGCUUGCGAGAGAGCAAAGAGAACUUUAUCAUCGACUACUCAGACGACGCUGGAAAUCGAUUCUUUGUUUGAAGGAAUGGACUUCUAUACGACUAUUACGAGAGCAAGGUUCGAGGAACUGAAUAUGGAUAUGUUCAGGAAAUGCAUGGAGCCAGUUGAGAAAUGUCUGAGGGAUGCCAAGAUCGAUAAGAGCCAAGUCCAUGAGGUGGUGUUAGUCGGUGGCUCGACGCGAAUUCCGAAAGUCCAGCAGCUUUUGCAAGAUUUCUUCAAUGGGAAAGAGCUUUGCAAAAGUAUUAACCCUGAUGAAGCUGUGGCAUAUGGUGCUGCUGUGCAAGCUGCAAUUCUAAGUGGCGAAGGCAAUGAAAAGGUGCAAGAUCUUUUACUUCUUGAUGUUACUCCAUUGAGUUUAGGUCUUGAGACUGCUGGUGGUGUUAUGACAACAUUGAUUCCAAGGAACACAACCAUUCCAACCAAGAAGGAACAGAUUUUCUCGACGUAUUCGGAUAAUCAGCCCGGGGUGUUGAUUCAAGUGUAUGAAGGUGAAAGAGCAAGAACAAGAGAUAACAAUCUGCUGGGGAAGUUUGAGCUUUCCGGGAUUCCACCGGCACCAAGAGGAGUUCCUCAAAUUAAUGUUGCUUUUGAUAUCGACGCUAACGGGAUCCUGAAUGUUUCGGCGGAGGAUAAAACAGCCGGAGUGAAGAACAAGAUUACGAUCACCAAUGACAAAGGAAGGUUAAGCAAGGAGGAUAUCGAGAAAAUGGUACAAGAUGCAGAAAGGUACAAAGCUGAAGAUGAACAAGUGAAGAAAAAGGUCGAAGCGAAGAACUCACUCGAGAAUUAUGCUUAUAACAUGAGAAAUACCGUGAAAGAUGAGAAAUUUGCAGGGAAGUUGGAGUCUUCAGAUAAACAGAAGAUUGAGGAAGCUGUAGAGGAUACCAUAAAAUGGUUGGAUGGAAAUCAGUUGGCAGAAGUUGAGGAAUUUGAAGACAAGUUGAAAGAUUUGGAAGGUGUUUGUAAUCCAAUUAUCUCCAAGAUGUACCAAGCUGGUGGUGGUGCUGAUAUGCCUGGGGGUGCUGGUUUCGGCGGUCAAGACAUGCCUGGUGGUGGUGGUAGUACCGGUGGUUCUGGCACAGGGCCCAAAAUUGAGGAAGUUGAUUAAGUUGUACUUGGUUCGUGGAGAUGAUCGUAUUUUGGUGCUUAUGGUUGAUGGUUUUCCUAGUGUUUUGUGUUUAGCUCCUAUUCUCUGGUCUUUUGUGUGUGCUUUUUUUGGCUGGUGUUGUGUAAUAAAAUGCAGUUGUUGUACUCGUUUUAAUUUCCUUGUAGUACACUAAAAAACAACACCUAAGAGGUGGAAUUCCAAGUGGGCA